UGGAAGCUCAUUCAGGUUAUGAAUGGUCUGGUUUGUUCCGGCAAAGCUGAAUCACAUGCCAAGAAUGUGUUUGACAUUUCUGCCAGGUGGCGAAGACCUUCGUGGGUGGGGCAAUCUCCGGAUGAUAACAUGGACGCAGAGGCAAAAGUGGAUGUGACUCUGGAUCCUGAUACAGCUUAUACUGCUGAAGGACAAAAAGUACCACAAGGAGACACACAACAGGAAAAUCUCACAGAUCCACCAGAGAGGUUUUCUGAUAACCACAGUGUUGUGGGCAAGCAGAGUUUCUCCUCUAAGAUAUUUUAUUAUGAGGUUCAGGUCGUAGAGAAAACUGGAUGGACAUUAGGAGUGGUAAGAGAAAACGUUAAUAGGAAGGAGAGGUUAGCAUGGAAACCUCAUUAUGGAUUCUGGACUGUGUCACAGUUGGGGAAUCACUACAGAGCUAACGCUGAUACUGAUGUCCCCCUCCCACUGAGAGAGAAGGUGGAGAAAGUGGGGGUGUUUGUGGAUUAUGUCGAGGGUCUGGUCUCCUUUUAUGAUGUGGAGUCCCGAUCUCAUAUCUACUCUUUUACUGGUCAGUCCUUCAAUGAAAACCUCUAUGCAUACUUAUUUACAUGGAAAAAUGAUGUCCAGUGAUUAUUAUUGACGUUACUGAAUAAAUACCUGAUUUAUAGA